AUGGAGGCCGAGAUCAGGGCCGUCCUCCCCAACAUCGACCCGGUCUUGUCUGACUACUCGGUUGGAUACCUGACGCACGCUUCCACCGCCUGGUCAGACGAAGAGAACGAGGCGCAAAUCUCCCCCCUCAACGAAGCUGCGUCGACAAUCACCGAAUUGCUUCUCUCUGCCUCCGGAGGCACAACUGCCGCUCAAGAGGAAAAGAUCAAGCAGCUCGUGGAGAAAUGGGUCGACAAGUAUGCCGAGGCGAACGGAGGUGAACGACGAGGGCCCUUCGCCAUCAGGAGGCUAGACCAAACUAUCCAGGUCAGCUCUCAGCGGAACAUGUCGUCCACUCUGGCCGUCGCCGGUGGUGCCGUCGACCUGGAGUCUGCCAAUGUGAGAAAGGUCGAGUCCAAGGUCGACCGCAAGAAGCUUGAAAAGGCCGAGCGAAAGAUUGCCGCCAAGCAGCAGAAGAAGACGUUCAAGACGGUUGAAUAUGAGGCCUCGAGAUUGCUUGAUCAGUCUGAGGAUGCGCAGUCGUACGAAGAGUUCUACAUGGCCGUCAACCCGCUGCAACUGGGCUCAUCGGGAGCCAACAAGACGAAGGAUAUCAAGCUGGAUAACAUUGAUGUGUCUAUUGGUGCCAACCGCAUCCUUACCGACACAACUCUCACUCUGGCAUACGGCCAUCGCUAUGGUCUUGUUGGUAACAACGGUGUGGGUAAAUCCACAUUGCUCAGAGCUCUGUCCAGGAGAGAAGUUGCCAUUCCGACACAUAUUUCUAUUCUACACGUCGAGCAGGAGAUCACGGGAGACGAUACUCCGGCUAUACAAGCUGUUCUUGAUGCCGAUGUCUGGAGAAAGGUUCUUAUGAGAGAACAAGAAGACCUCAUCAAUAGAUUAGCAGAAUUGGAGGUUGAGCGAGCGCCGUUGGCGGAUACUUCGGCAGAUGCUGCCAAGCUUGAUCUGGAGAAGGAGACCAUGGACACCAAGCUUGGCGACGUUCAAGCUAAGCUGGCCGAGAUGGAGUCUGACAAGGCAGAGUCUCGCGCCGCCAGUAUCCUGGCCGGUCUUGGAUUCUCGCCCGAGAGACAGCAGUUUGCGACCAAGACCUUCUCCGGUGGUUGGCGUAUGCGUCUGGCACUGGCGCGUGCCCUGUUCUGUGAGCCCGACCUGUUGUUGCUCGACGAACCGUCCAACAUGUUGGACGUUCCCUCGAUUACUUUCCUUUCAAACUAUCUCCAAGACUACCCCAGCACAGUUCUUGUCGUCUCUCACGACAGAGCAUUCCUCAACGAAGUCGCAACAGAUAUUGUGCACCAACACUCUCAGCGACUCGACUACUACCGCGGGGCCAACUUUGAGUCCUUCUACGCUACGCGUGAGGAGCGCAAGAAGGUGGCCAAGAGAGAAUACGAGAAGCAAAUGGCAGAGCGAGCACAUUUGCAAGCCUUUAUCGACAAAUUCCGAUACAAUGCGGCCAAGUCGUCGGAAGCUCAGUCCCGUAUCAAGAAGCUCGAGAAGAUGCCCGUGCUGGAGCCGCCGGAGAAGGAGUACGACGUCAAAUUCCAGUUCCCCGAGGUGGAAAAGCUGUCGCCUCCCAUCAUCCAGAUGUCAGGGGUCAGCUUUGGGUAUACUCCCGACAAGCCGCUGCUGAGCAACGUAGAUCUCGACGUUCAGCUGGAUUCCCGCAUCGGCAUUGUUGGGCCCAACGGUGCUGGUAAGACGACGGUCUUGAAGCUUCUCAUCAGCAACCUCGAAGCAUCAAAGGGUCUCGUCACGUCGCACCCACGACUGCGCAUCGGAUUUUUCGCGCAGCACCACGUGGACUCGCUCGACCUCACUAUGAGUGCCGUCAGCUUCAUGGCCAAGGCCUAUCCCGGGAAAACGGAUGAAGAAUAUCGACGGCAGUUGGGAGCGUUUGGCAUCACGGGCACAACCGGUUUACAGAAGAUGGUGCAGCUUUCCGGAGGUCAAAAAUCCAGAGUGGCAUUCGCCUGCCUGGCGCUGACGCAGCCGCACAUUCUCGUGCUGGACGAGCCGUCCAACCAUCUGGAUAUCGAGGCCAUGGAUGCGCUGGCGGAGGCGCUGAACGAGUUCCAGGGAGGCGUGCUGAUGGUUUCCCACGACGUGACGAUGCUGCAGUCGGUGUGUACGUCGCUCUGGGUGUGCGACGGCGGUACGGUCGAGAAGUUUGACGGGACGGUGCAGCAGUACAAGAAGAAGAUUGCGGCUCAGGCAGACGCUGCGGGCGUUGUCAAGGCGCAUUAG